AUGCAUCAAUGUUUUUUUUGCAACUACCUUUUCAAAUUUGUAAAACGAAAAAAGAAGAAAAAAAAAAUAAAUAAUCAGAAAAUUUCAGAUGAAAGAGAUACAACUGAUAUAGACGAUAUAUAUGAUAUUAUUAAUGUGGAAAAUGGAACAUAUUGUAGUGCAUUAUAUCAGGGUACCGAUACUACAAAUGUCCCAAAGGAUGAGGACAUUGAAGAUAAAUGCCUAAAUGUGGAUACGACUAAAAUUACAAUAGGUCAUAACACUGUGGCAUAUCAAUGCAACCAUAAUGAAAAUAAAGACAAUAGCAACAGUAGUACUACAUGUACAUAUAAUAUUGAUCAGAAUAAUAUAUGUAUGCCUGAUAAUAUAAAACAAAUCGAACUAUUUAAUGAGUGUAUUAUCAAAAUAUGUAAUAAUGAUAAACAUAAAAAAAAUUAUUCUUCUAUACUUCUUAAUAUAUAUACCGAUAAAGAAAAAAAACCACAUUUAAAUCGGAACUUAUUAAGAAGAAUAAGAAACAAAUAUUGGAACUAUUCUAUAGAUAGACAAUAUUUAAAAUUUAUAAAUUAUUACAGAAUACAAAAAAUUAAAAAAGAAAUAAUACAAUUAAUUCGUUUUAUCAAUUUGUAUUUAUCAUCACAUUAUUGUAAAAGAGCAAUUAAUUCUCUAAUUUGCAUCAACAAAUAUGCAAAUGAAGAUAUUAUAACUGAUUUGAUAAGAAGAAAAAAAGAAAGAAAGACAAUAAGAAAAAAAAAUAGCACAAAAAAUAGUACAAGAAAUAUUUUUUGGGAAAAUACAAAUUAUAGCGAAAUAAAUGGCACAUAUAAUAAUAUACAUAUGAAUAAUAAUUUUAAUGAUAAAAAUAUAUUUUCAUAUUUUAAAAAAUCAUCAAAAUUUAUUUCAGUAUUUAAUAAUUUGUAUAUGCUAUUUAUUAGUGAAAUAUGUAAAAUCGAACAUACAAAAAAAUGUAUUUACAGUAAUCCCAAAAUAGACAACAAUAAAAAUAACUUGAUCUAUUUAUACAUAUAUUUUUUAAAAAAUUGUAUUAAAAUAAUAAACAAUUUAGAAAUGAAAAGAAUAAAAAAUCGAAGAAAAAUACAAAAUGAAAAAAAUGAUAGUAGUCAUUAUAGUAAUAUAAAUAAAUAUAUGAAAAAAGAAAUUUUUAAAAGUAAGUACAUAAGAAGUAUUAUUUAUAUUUGUAAUACAUAUUUACAAAAUAUAGAAAAUACACUUUUUUAUAAUAUAGCCAAACUAAAAGAAUAUUAUAGCUUUAUUAAAAAGUGUGAUAUAAAUAUUAAUAGAAAUAAUUAUAAAGUUCGAUGCAAUAAAUCAUUUGACAAAAGAUUAUAUAUAAAUAAUUAUAAAAAGAAUAAAACAGAAUGUUCCAAUUCGAACAUAAUAAUUUAUUUAUAUAUCAAUGGUGGUGCAAUUAAUAUCGAAAGAAAUAAUUUAAAAACAUAUGGUUUGAAUUCUUUUAUAAAAUUAAAGGGUGAUAAGUUUUCUCACCUUUUUUUAGAAACAGGGAAGAAUAAUGAAAUAAAAUAUAACAAGGAAAAAACGGAAGAUUGUAAAGAAAUAGAAACAAUAGAAAAGGAUAAUGAUAUAUAUUAUAUGGCAGAUGAUUUGAAAAUACAACACGAUGAUAAACUUAAUGAAAGCAUGCCUUCUUUGGGUGACAUUUUUCGAGUUGAUCGAAAAGAUACCCAUAAGACAACUUUUAUAUCUUUAAGCACUCAAAGGGAUGAACAAAUUAGUACCAUUAAAAAAAUAAAAGAAGAAAAAAAUAUAUAUAAACAGAGAAAAUAUUGUAACAUAGCAGGAAAAAAUAAUAACAAAAAUUAUAGUUAUAAUGAAAAUGGAAAAAGUCGAAAAGAUAAAAUAUGUAAAAGAAUAUUAUUAACAACAAGUACUAAGAAAUAUACAUAUAUAAAAAAUAAAGAUAAUAAUACAACUCGAGUAAAACCCAUAAAAUCAUGUAGUAAAAUUUAUCCCACUAAAAAAGAAAAUGAUAAAAUUAGUGAAGCUGAAGAAAAUAUUAAUAGUUUAAAUGAUGGAUCACGAUUUUGUAGUAUUGAUAUAAAUUUAAAAGAAGUUUCUAAAGUCGAAGAAAAUUUUAAAGGGCGGAAUACUCAAAACUCUAAUUUAGUAAACGAAAGAAAUGGCAUGGAGACAAUUAAUAGCUUGGAUUGGAACGGAUUUAAUGUAUUUCAAAAAAAUAAAAAUUCUCAGAUAUUCGGAAAUGAAGAUAAUUUAAACAAUUUGAAUAAUGAAUAUAAUCGAUAUUCAAACAAAAAUAAUUAUGAAAAUAGUCCUAUUAAUAUAUUUAUAGACUGUUUGGAAAAAUGUGAAUAUAUAAAAAAUAAUUUUAAAUUUAUAGAAUUAAUUAAAGACAAUACAAUUAAUUUUUUAUAUAAAUGUUAUGAUAUAAGAAAUAAUAAAAAUGUAGUUAUAAAAUGUGUAAAUAAAGAAAAGCAAUUAUCUAUUAUGAGUUAUAACACAUAUACAAAUAUAUACAAAAUUAUUAAAAAAAUUGAUAAUGAAAAUAUAAUAAAAAUUUAUGAUGUUUUAGAAAAUCAAUCACAUUUUUUUAUUAUUAUGGAAUUAUGUGAAGGUACAGAUUUAGUCGAUUAUGUAUCAAAUGAAAAUAUACCCUUUGAAAAAAUUAAAGAUAUAAUUUUUCAAUUAUUAAGUGGAAUUAGUGUACUACAUGAUAAUUUUAUUAUUCACCGAGAUAUUAAAUUAGAUAAUUUAAUGUUUAAAGAUAAAAAUUUUGAAAAGUUAGUCAUCAUUGAUUUUGAUAUGAGUAUAUAUAUUUGUACUAAUGACCAAAUCUAUCCUUGUAAGGGCGAUUGUAUUUACAAUAGUGAAACAAAGGACACAUUUUAUGAUACUAAAUUUGAUGAAAAUGAUAUGAAUAUGUGUGAUCCUGAUCAGACAUCUGCAAAAAAUAUUGGCAUUUCUGAUAAUUUCAAUACAGGUUGUUCAGAAAAAAGUAAGAACAACAUUUGUAAAGAAGGAAACAAUGCAGCUACUUCCAAUACAUUUACAGAUUAUGCAAAUCAGGGAAAACAUGAGAAGGUAGAUAAAAUGGAAAAUCAUGAUUCGGUAAAGAUUAAAAAUUCAUGCUUAUAUAAAAAUGAACCAGAUGUGAAUGCUUUAGGGUCAAAUAAUACAUAUACAAAUAAAUUUAUACAGAAUGAUAAAAAAGGUAAUAAUUGGAAUUCAUGGGAUAUUUCAAAUUCUUAUGACUAUAUUAAAAAUAAAAAUAAAACCCAUAAUAAGAAAAGCACUUCAUUAGAUUACAACUAUAUACGGAAAGUUGAGAAUAAUUUUUUAUCCUCAAAUACAAGAAAUAUUGAAAAAUCAUUUAUUAGUAAUGAAGAUAAAAUUAUAUAUAACGAUUUGAUCAUUGGAACUAAAGAAUAUAUGUCUCCGUAUUGCCUAAAGGGUAUGUAUAGUAUUAAAACAGAUAUAUAUAGUAUAGGAGUAACAAUUUUUUUAAUAAUUUUUAAAAGUUUUCCAUAUUUAUUUGACGAAAUUUCGAUAAAUAAAUGGGAAGAAGAAAUAAUUAAUAAAAACAAGGAAAUAGUUAUACCAUUUUCCUUUCUAUUUCACAAUGUCAAUUGUACUUAUUUUAUAAAAUUGAUGGAUUUGCAUUUAAUAAAUAAUAAUAUAUAUUUUUGCAAUGAUAGUUGCUUAUUAGAUGAUAAUUUAAAAGAAAUCGCCAAAAUACAGGGAAUUAAAUUCGAUUUUGAUAAAAUUAAGAUAAACCAAAAAAAUAUUUAUCUUGUUGAAAUAUUAAGGAAGACAUUAUCCCUUGAUGUCUGUGAUCAAUAUAAAAAUGUGUCUCAAAUUAUGGAAAGCCCUUUAUUUAAUUAG